GGAAGAGAUCCUGGGUUUAAAGUCCCUGCUCCACGCUCCACCCCUGGUGUUUCUCACUUCCACCUCUUUGUCCCCCGGAACUCGCACUCGUCCCUGAGCGUCCGCCAGGGUUUUCUGCCCGCAUCUGGAUCUCUGAGCACGGCCAGCGGCACAGUCCAGGCUCCUCACGCACCGAUACCCGUCGUUUACAAGGGAAAGAAAAGAAAAGAAGACAAACUUUCCCGGCCUCUCCUCUGCUGAUUGCUCCUCUGGUUUAUCGUCGAGGCUGGGGAGCGCUGCUGGAAAGUUAGAGAGAGAGAAAAAAACUUUUUCAAAGUGUUGCUCUGUCGCGUCUCCGUGUUUUUGUCCUCUUGUGUCCGGGACUCGACACGCACCUUAACCUCAACAGGGACGAGGUGUGCGCGGCGUUUUCCCCGGUGUUUGGAGCCCGGGUCGUCGGAGCGGUGGCCUCCUCGGAGCAGCUGUGAAUGAGGUGUCGGUGGAGCUGAAGAAAGCAGCGUCUCCAUGAGGACACUCAGCGUGGGAGUCGCUCCAACUCUGUCCUAGCUUUACCUGAGCGGCCAUCGUUGGCUCUUCUCACUCUCCCGAGUGUCUCGAAGUUUUUUCUGUCGCUGUUGUUUCGUCACUGCCUCGCCAUGAAGACGCUGCUGUGUGUGGCGUUCACCCUGCUUGUCUUGUCUGUUUCUGGGACCGCGGAGCAAAAGUUGAAGAACUGCAAUGAAGUCCGUACCGCGUACAGCUCCAAGGGCUUCAACGUCAACGACGUCCCCAACAAAGGAGUCAACGGAGCCCCCCUGAAAGUGUGUCCGCAGGGUUUCUCCUGCUGCACAGUGGAGAUGGAGGAGAAGCUGAGCCAGCAGAGCCACUCAGACAUGAAAGCUCCCGUCUCCAGGCUAAGCACCAACCUACAAUCCACCUUCAAACAGAAACACGACCACUUUGACAAGUUUUUCCGUGAGCUUCUGAAAAAUGCCGAGCUCUCACUGGACAGCAUGUUUGUGCGAACAUACGGAAUGAUGUACAUGCAGAACGCGGAGCUAUUCAAGAACUUUUUCGAGUCCCUGACUCGGUACUAUGUGUCUGGCAGCGCUGCUGUCAACCUGGACUCCAUGCUGUCGGACUUCUGGGCCGACCUCCUGGAGCGGAUGUUCCGACUAGUCAACGUACAGUACGAAUUCAGCGACGCCUACAUGGAGUGCGUCAGCCGGCACACAGAGCAGCUGCAGCCAUUCGGCGACGUGCCCCGUAAGCUCCGCAUCCAGCUAACCCGGGCCUUCAUCGCCGCACGCACCUUUGUUCGCGGCCUGGCUCUUAUGCCAGAGGUGAUCAAUAAAGUUUCAAUGGUUAGUGCAUCUCCCAGCUGUGUGCGAGCGGCCAUGAAGAUGAUGUACUGUCCCUACUGCUCGGGCCAAGUGGCCCUGAAACCCUGCCAGAAUUACUGUCUGAAUGUCAUGCGGGGGUGUUUGGCCAACCAGGCCGACCUGGACACAGAAUGGAACAACUUCCUCGAUGGUAUGCUUAGUCUGGCUGAGAGGCUGGAGGGUCCCUUUAACUUUGAGUCUGUCAUGGAUCCCAUCGACGUGAAGAUCUCCGAGGCCAUCAUGAACAUGCAAGAAAACAGCAUGCAAGUUUCGCAGAAGGUUUUCCAGGGUUGUGGGCAGCCCAAACCGAGCAUGGCCUUCCGCUCCAAGCGUUCUCUCAAAGAAACCGGCUUUACUGGCCGCUUCCGCCCGUACAGCCCUGACGCAAGGCCCACCACCGCUGCGGGCACCAGUUUGGAUCGAUUGACAACUGAUGUGAAGAAGAAGCUGAAACAUGCUAAAAAGUUCUGGUCCACAUUGCCAGACACUGUGUGUGUAGGUGAGAGGAUCGCACCUGGCGAUGAGUGCUGGAACGGAACCGCAAAAAGCAGGUACGAGUCAGUUGUCAUUGGCAACGGGCUGGCCAAUCAGGUAUCAAACCCUGAUGUGGAUGUAGACAUAACAAAGCCAGACAUUAUGAUUCGCAGUCAGAUUGCAGCUUUCAAAGAAAUGACGAGUAGGCUCAAAGCUGCGCACAGCGGCAACGACAUCUCUACGGAAAGCGAUGACGAAAGCAGUGGAGGAGAGGAGAGCGGCAGCGGCUGUGACUCUCCAUCCUGCGACACAGACCGGGACAUGUACUUCUCCACUCCACCGAACCCUGUCAAGCCCCGGGUUGAUCAAGUGGUGGUGGGCAAAGCUCCAUCGACUGUGGCCGCCACACACGGAAGCAUGGCGCUGGCGCUCUGCGGGGUGGCCCUGGCCCUGCUCGCUCCCCACCUGAGAUAAGACUGGCUGGGCAGGGAGAGGACGAGAACGACCAGGAAUGACAGAACGAAGGGGGAAACUGUCAGAGAGACUUUAAAAGACUGCCUUCAGGACCUUGGAUUGUCCGCCAUUGGGGAGGGAGACUCUUCUUAAUAUUAUAAUAACUUCACUUUUAAUUAUUUGUUUGUAUGUUUUUAAGGACAUCAGUGUACAGCAAUAUGAUUUACGUCCCAAAAAUCCACUUUAUUCCCCCUUUCCCAGAUAAACCUUAACUCCUUAUGGCUCUUAGGGAGCUUCACUAUGGUUCUGCUUGCUGCCUUACAAACAUGAUAUAAUUGCCUUUAUUGAGGCAAUUUCAUAAUUAAUUUGUGUGCCUUCUUCAGUGAUUGCCACCUGAUAACUCGAAAGGAACGAAUGAGUGAGUGCCUGUGGUGGGACAUGUCUUCAUAAUUCUGAGGAUUGUCUUUCUUUCCAUUAUUCAAAGGUCAACACAUCAUGUGGUUGUGGGUGUUAACAUCCCACAACGAUGACUUUUCACAUUGCCAAUGUGCACACUGUGAACAUUUCUGUGCAUUUAUACAUUUACACACAUGAACCAGUCAAAAGCUCUGAUGCUGCCUUUUGAUCUCCACUCAGGAACAGUUUGAGCUUCAGUUGAGUUUGAGCUGCAGAACGCUCAUAAAUCCAGAGAGAGAUGUUACAGCACCGGUGGUAAUGUUUCACCAGGAGAUGGAGUCAGUCUUUAGAAGAGCUUUCGGGCGUCUGUGAGCCCGAACAGGCAGGUAAUAUGUCUGCUAUGAGCGUUAUCACGACUUCACUUUGAAUUUCCACAUGAAUUUGUUAGUUUCCUCAGCUUCAACGCUUCAAUACUAAGUUCAUACCUCAUGCAUGCCCGCAAUGUCAAUGCAACCGAGUGAGUUGAAAGUGCCUGAAAGAGUUGAGACGAGCAGCUGGCAGCCUGCUGAAAGGUAACCGCCGUGGAAGAAGGAGUCCCCUGACACAACCCCUAAAGAAGGCAAAGCUGACAUGUCCUGAAAGCCCUUUUUGGUACCGUAAGCUCAGUUCAGCACAGAAGAUCUGCCUCUCAGCAGUCUUACUGUUGGAGAAGAGAGGGUGGCGACAUGUAUGUUCAGAGCAUUUCACAUUAAACUAGAGAAGCGGAACAAAAGACAGUGCUUCGAUCAAAUGAGAAUCGAGAAAAGAUUAUUUUAAUACAGGGUUUAAUGUUGAAGAGGUGUUGUAAUUUUUAGAUAUUUUUGGUAUGAAGAUAUAUAUUAGGUACUACAGUGGAUUUUACUGCUAGUUUUAGGUGGUGGAAGAGGUCAGUGUGCACAUGGGGGCACUUUUGGUCAGUGAGCACAGUGUGUUGGGGCUUCAUUUAUCUUUUUUUUUUGUCUCCCCUCAUCACCUCCGCCCCACAAAACACACGUGUACCUCUUAAAUGGCCUUUGUCACUAUAAUGGAAUCAUCCUGAACCAGUUGAUCUACCUAUCCUCAUGUUCUCAUCAUUUUGACUCGAGGUGGAAUGUUGAAGUAUUGCUACCAAAAUGAAUACAACAUAUGGUGCCUGAUCUUCGUUUUGUUUAAUUAACCUUGGUACAUCAUUAGCAACUCGGUAAAGUCUGAAAAAAAAAUAAUGUAGAUGUUUUAUCUUCUCGCCUCAGAUACCCUGAAGGGUGUUUGAGAUCACCAUAACCGGCAGAAGAGCACAUCAGAUUUUUAUAUGUGGUUUGAUCUGAUGAGUGCGUCUGUUAGUUGCAUUACCUGGUCAUUUCAUCUCUAAAGAUGCUGCCUCAUGUAGCUUCUGUACAGUAAUUUAUGCAUGUAUUUGAAUGUCAUUUCCAAUUCUUUCAUAACUGACGUAGAUUAUUCACACUACAGUAUUCAGGAGGUUUCUGAUAUGCAACGUUCAGGGGACGAAUAUUCAUUUUUCAAAGUAUUUGAUUUGAUCUAAUAUUGGGGGUUUUAAAUAUGCAUUUUAACCUAAAUUGAACAAUGGCUUUGCAUGACUGAUAUUUGUCUGCAGCUGUGAAACAAACAGGCUGCCGUCUGACAGUUGACUGACAGAAGGUGAAUACUGGACACAUCCUAUACACCUCUUUUUGGCUUUGAGAUCAAAUUGAAUAGUCUCCAAACAGUGAUCAACAAGGAAAGCAACAUAAAGAAUCUGAUUUGAGGAUUUUAUAAAACAUCUAUGCAACCUGUAUAAAAUCCUGAAGCAUUAAAUUACAAUUAUGAAGCUGGGCUUCAGCAGCUUCGUUUGACAUCACUUCUGCAUGUAACUCCCUCAAUUCCCCAGAUAUUUUUUUGUUUUUGUUUAUGUUCCACCAACAUUUCUACAAGAGCUUGUGCAUGUGUUUGUGUCAUGUGACGCAGCGUUUGAGGAAACCCAACUUUCUGAGAGGGCUAGGGAAAUGUCUUUGGGUGAUGAUGGUAAAUGUCUGUGCUUGCGGGCCAGGGCAGCAACAUUUCCCAGCUGGCACGAGUCGGUCCAGCUGCUGGAUGAUGUUCUCUCCAUCAACAGAGCAACUUCAGUCUUGUGACUUUAAAGUUGAGUGGGACAGGUGUCGAACCCCGUCCCUCUGCCUUUGGCCCACAAGAAAAGAGAGGACUCGCUCUCUGAGGAGCGAGUGAGGGACUUGACUGAACAGAAUAAAAGAGAUGUAAAUAAAGAGCAGCCGUUUUUAGAUGUCUCUAAAAGAGGCCAUAACAUUACACCAGAUUUUUACUUGUCAGAGUAUCUCCUAAAUGCUAUGAAAAAAAACAAGAUGAGAUAGAUGUUAAAUUGUAAGAGGAAAAAAUGUAUAUUAAACAACAUUUCUUAGUCUUGUUGAAAUAAAGACUGCCAAUAUUUAAA